AUGAUCCGCGCGCAGGUGGCGGCGGUUGGACAACGGUGGCAAAUGCCGCUAAAACAGCAAGUCGUCGCUUCCAUCGUCGUCGAAGAGCCUAGACUGUAUGCGCUGGGCUUGGAAAAACUGUCCAACCGCGUGGCAGGACAGUACACAGGCAAGGAAUAA